UGGGUGUUUGAUAGUCAGAUUGAAUCACAGGGUUUAUCGAAGCGGGUAAAAACAGAAUAAUAGGAUAGAGUAUUAGCAUAGACGUCAUGUAUCGCGGGCUACGUCCCGAACCUUUGUAUUUAUUUUUUGCAUGUAUUAAUAAAGCAAUUUUACAUUUACCACGUAUAUGUAACAUUGAAUAAUUCUUUCGUGUAUGAAAAUAUUAUCUAUCAUGUCAUCUGAUCUUAAAGUAUUGAUCACUGAACUUGAGGCUAAGAUAACUGAUGAGAAAGCUAGGUUUGAAGUUUUGAUCACUAAACUAAAGCAGGAUCAGGCAGAAAUAGAUGCUAGAAUUUUAAAACUAGAGCAGGAUCAGGCAGAAAGAGAAUCUAAGAAAAAUCGCAAAUUCCAGACCAGAUGCAUCCAGAUAGCUAAGGAAAUUCUUAAUGAGGAACCUAUUAUCGAAUAUCGCCCUCCUUUCCUGAAUGGAUUAGAGCUUGAUGCUUUCUUCCAAAAAUAUCAAAUUGCGUUGGAGGUGCAAGGGGCUCAGCAUCGGUUUCAUAGCACCAGUUGGUAUAAAGAUGUCAAAAAACUUGAGGACAUCGUUAAUCGUGAUCGGCAAAAAAGAUGCAUUUGUCUGGAUAAUGGAAUCUUCCUUCUCGAAGUAUGGUAUGAUCAAAACCCGGAAAUUGUUAUUCCAGAAAGGAUACGAAAAAUUAAAGAAUUCGUUAAUCAAGCAUCCAAAAGUUUCGAUUUUCUAUAAUCAAAUUUUAAACCCUGGCAUCAGGCUCUCAAGGAGGAAUAUUACUUUGAAGAUGGAAUACCCCAAUGCAUCAGAUCUAGAAAAUGCGUCAAAUAAUCCAUUUUUUACUUGUUCAGAAAUAUUCGAAAGGCAUCUGAUCAAUUCUCUAAGUACGAUAUUACGAUGACGAGCCAUCUGGUCCCGUGUCUUUUUUCACAACGGGCCAAAUAUACACAACGGAAGUCAAAACGUUAUCAUCGGUCUUGAAUUCAUUUUGCUAUAAGCAAACAGGUGGCGUAAAAUUUGUAUCGGCAAAA